CCUGUUUGCCUCUUACCUUUUGCACUGAUCCCAGGAAUAGGGACAGUAAGAGCCUGCAGGAGCCAGAAACCAACUUCUGCUUGCAGACAGUUCGUGGUCUUCCCUGGGCUCACACCUUCAAUUCCUCCAGGAGGGCUUGGAGCCUUGCUUCCAGCCAAGGUUUGUUUCCAGGGAAACAAGCAAGAAAGAAGUGCAAAGGACCGAAGAAAAAAGAUGUUGGUGCUGUCUAAUGACACAGCCCUGAGCAUUCUCCUCUCCAAGCUGCUUCAAGACCACCUGGAGCAGACAAAUAGCACUGCCCCCUCUACAGUUGGAAGCACUGGUGGCAGCCUGGAAAUCAUCUACGUGCUGAUGAUGGUCGGUCUCUUUGGGUUCUUCACAGUGGGAGUCAUGGUGACCAAUAUCCGUGCUAGGAGGCUGGAGGACUCCCACAACCCCUACAACACGUACAUUGCAACAGACAUUUGGCACAAGAAAGACCAGGAAUAUUUUCAAGCAAAGCUUAUAGAAAAUUACAAGCUAUGCUGUGUCUUUGAAAACCAGCUGGCAGUAGAGCAGCCAAGCAUACACAUUCCUGAGGAGAAGUCUUCCUAGCCAAAUGGGAGAAAGGACUGAACUUUGCAUGGAGACAACCCAAGCAAUAUCUGCUAUGAAAGAGGCUAGCUCCCUUCCCACCUGUCAAGCUCCCGGUGCUGGCCUAGGACAGAUUGAAUUACAGAGAUGACAGUGAAGCUGAUGGGUUUGUGAUGGCUCCGGUGCUGCAAAGUUGCCUGAUCACAUUGUUUCAGUCUCUGUAAAGUCAGGGAAGGGGACACACCAAUAGGAGUAUCAUCAACUCAUCAGCUUCACCUGGUGAGAAAUGCAGUUGUUCAUGUUGCCAGCAUGAAUUCUUACAGUAGUCAAUAUACUUCAAAACAAACUGGAUCAAGCAUAAGCUAGAGUUAUUAACAGCCAAGUAUUGUUCAGGCAAUUGUUUUCGAGUAAGACCAUUGUCUUCCAAGAAAAUGUAGCAGAAAGAUUUUCUUUGUAUUUUUGAAUAAUUAUUAUAUAAACUGUACAGUGUUGCACGAGUAGUUUCUCUGAGAAUCAUGUAGCUUUUUGAGAUAGAAUUUUUUUUUUUUUUAAGAAUUUGCUUUAUUUUUGCUGAAAACCAUUUCUGUGAAAAAAUGCAGAAUUUGGAGGGAACGUUUUUAGUGACUGUCCUUAAUUCACAUUGUGUACCACAGAUAAGACUUGCAGAGUACUUACGUUUUUCCUUCUUGUGGAUCCAGGUCGAUCUCAGAAGCAAUAUCUACCUUUGUACAUGGACUGAGUAACACACAGUGUUGUGAGUCUCAAUCACCUUUAAUUAUUGCAGAAGACCUAGGUGCUAGCCUUUGGUUGCAAAGUGAAUUUCCACACUGUGAAAAUUGGUUUCUCAAGAUCUCUGCUAUUUAGUCAUGAAAGCAGCUUAUCUAUGUACCUAACUUGUAGCCCAUGAGUUGUUUCUCUAGCUCCCAAGAGCAGCCCCCUUAGCACAGCUGUUUAUUUCUGGAACUAUCCCAUGUGAGGAACCAUGUCAGCAAGGUAUUUCUGCCUGUGGCCCCCAUAUGCCCUCCUUCCAUGGACUGUGUACACCAAACUGCAGGGAGAAGGCAGCAGCUGAACUCUGCUGCUCUAGCAGCAAAUAUUGGCUGUCUCUGCUAUCAGGCAGAAAUAUGGCUGCUCUGAACACUGCCUUGCUUAAAAUAGCAACCUAGCCAGGUCAAAUCCUGUUUUCUUGUAUGGGAUCAAAGAAGCAAUGGUCUGGGCAGGAGGGGACGUUUUUUUUUCUACUCUACAGAUGUACAUCUCAUUUUUAGCUACCAGAGAGUGAGAAGAAAUGGGAAAGGCUUGAAAAAAAGUCAUGCAGAGCAGUUGCUUCAAAGGCAAGGCAAAGGCAGGGUGGGAGCAGAUCACUACCAAAUAUUUGGAUAGGCCAGGGAUGCAAAGCACUGUACUUUCAUUAAAGUAUCAUUCCAGCCAUGUUUAUCUUCCCAUGAUACUUAAACUUAGGACACUGAUAACACUGUGUAUUUUUUAAAAUGUAUUUGUAUGGUGCCUACCAUUAAGCUGAGGGUGAGGGCAAUGUUUUAAGUGUCUUGAACAGUUUGGAAUAUAUCUAUCAGCUUAAUUAUCUCAGCCUUUGUCUCCUCUAGAGGAAGGUAGACCAAGCCAGGCUUUGGAUAACUGUGAACUUCUUGACUUGGGCACUGUUCUUUUGGGUUCUUACCAUGCAGUCUGUAUGCUGCUUCUACUUCCCACGUUCUGUGAGAAUGCAAAUGCUCUCGCUUGUUGGUUAUCUAGGUGUAGACCCACAAAGCAUUGCUGAAAAUGUUUAAACCUGCAUUAAAAAUGGCCUUCAUUACAUUAAAACCUUUGAACAUUAAGCAUUUCAAAAGGUCUGCCUCCUGCAGCUCUCCUUCCACUCCAGGUGCUUUCAGGUAUUUUGGGCUGAGUCAUUUGCUGGUGGCCUUAUUUUAAUAGGCCCAGUGUAGCUAUUUGUGACAAGGUCAUUGUCUGCAUUACUUAGCUUCCACUUUUUUUUUUUUUUUUAAUCUCUACCAUUGUAUUUAUUUUAAUAAGUGAGGAACCACUACACCUUAGUCAUAAUGUUUUUCUCUGUAACCAGACUACAAAGCACCUUUCUAUGUCACUUGUAGACUCCCACAGUGGACCUUCACAUUACCUUUCAGUCUUUUUCCUUCUUCCCAUACAUUUUUCACUUGUGAAAGAAAAACAAUAAAAUAUUAAUUACAAA